UUCGGUCCGCGAAUAUCCGUUCGCCAUAUACCUACGCCUCGCUGACUUUGGUACAUACCAAGUUGCAUUUUCCGAUUUGGGAACUGACAUCCUUGUCGCGUAUUUAUUUCCACACGAACAACGAGAAGGCACUUCAGCCACACUUCAGUCGAUUAUGAGCAGUAGUGAACCGCAGGUCAAGAAAUCCAAGAUGGUCUCGAGUUUGGAACAGCUGAAGCAACUGACCACCAUCGUGGCCGAUACGGGCGAUUUCGAAGCCAUGAAGGUCUACAAGCCCACGGACGCCACGACCAACCCAUCGCUGAUCCUGUCGGCAGCCGGCAUGGAACAGUACCAGCAUCUGAUCGACAAAGCCGUCAAGUACGGUCUAAAGCAGGGAUCCACCGAAGACGAGCAAGUAUCGGAAGCAGCGGACAUGCUGUUCGUCCUGUUCGGCUGUGAAAUCCUGAAGCUGGUGCCGGGUCGCGUUUCAACCGAAGUCGACGCCCGGAUAUCGUUCAACAAGAAGGCUUCGGUGGCCAAGGCCCUCAAGUUGAUCCAGCUGUACGAGGAGAACGGCAUCGAUCGGAAGCGCGUUCUGAUUAAACUGGCCUCCACAUGGGAGGGCAUCCAAGCGGCUCGUGAACUCGAAAAGGACCACGGCAUUCACUGCAAUCUCACACUGCUGUUCUCGUUCGCCCAGGCCGUUGCCUGCGCCGAGGCGGGAGUAACUCUCAUUUCGCCCUUCGUUGGUCGCAUCCUGGACUGGCAUGUGUCCAAUACGGAUAAGAAAUCGUUCGAACCGGAACAGGACCCGGGAGUGAUUUCGGUGACCAAGAUCUACAACUACUACAAAAAGUUUGGCUACAAAACCGUCGUGAUGGGAGCGUCCUUCCGUAAUACCGGGGAGAUCCGUGCCUUGGCUGGAUGCGACCUGUUGACCAUCAGCCCUAAGCUACUCGGAGAGCUGGAGAAGAGUGAGCAGCCAAUCAAGCGCUAUCUGGAUCCGGAGACGGCCAAGGUUUGCGACCUGAAGAAGAUCAAUUUGGACGAAGCCACAUUCCGCUGGAUGUUGAACGAGGAUCAAAUGUCGACGGACAAGCUGUCGGACGGCAUCAGGAAAUUUGCCGCCGAUGGACGCAAACUGGAAGCUUUGCUUCGCGGAUUGGUUCAACAGGCUGCUUGAAGAAAGGGGGCAGCGCAGGAUGGUGCAUUUCUUUGGAGCACUUAA